AUGUGGAUGCGCUGCACGAAAGGUGUGGGGCCCCGCUGCAGCGAGUUGCUGCAGUGCAUGGGAGUUUAUUUGCAGAAAAGUGUGACAGCUGCAGCAGGAGGGCUGUGCAGCUUUCCGCCGCGGGGGGUGUGCACGGACGUGCUGCUGGACUGGUUCGACGCGUACGAGGGACACUUUUUGUCUCAGUCGAAUUUUUAUUCUCGAGAGUCUCCUUUUCAUCUUUGUUUAGGGACAAGUUUGCAAAUAGAGCCAGCUUGUCACUUUCCAGCAGCAGCAGCAGCAAGAAGCAAAGCAGCAGCAGCAAGAAGCAAAGCAGCAGCACUUGCCAUUGUCAACCUGCAGCAAACCCCCCUCGACCCCCUUGCUGCUGUUUGCAUGCAUGCGCCCGUCGACGCCGUGCUGCAGCAGCUCGCAGCGGGCCUGGGGCUGCGCCCCGGCUGGGGCUGGCACAGCAGCAGCAGCAGUAGAAACAGCAGCAGCAGCGGCAGCGGCAGGGGGAGGUGGGGAUCGAUGGGAUCGUGCGAUCCCAGGGGCUUCGAAGACGAUCCCACGCCCUUUCAUUACGGGGAGUUUAUUCGCACUGCGCUGCUCUUCGUGCUGAGGCUGCCCGUGCAUGCGCUGCCCCCGCUGCUGCAGCAGCAGCAGCAGCAGCAGAUGCAGCAGCAACCACACAACUCGCCGCAAACGCAACACAGACACCAGCACUCCCCGCAGAUGACGCAGCAGCAGCAGCAGCAGCAGACGCCACAGCAGCAGCAAACUCCACAGCAGCAGCAAACGCCACAGCAGCAGCAGCAGCAGCAACAGACUAGUGUCAAAUCCAUAGAGGAGCUUUGGAGCGAAGCUUUGGCGUGGCUGCCUCAUGAAGAACCAGCAGCAGCAGCAGCAGCAGCACACGCAGCAGCAGCAGAAGCAGAAGCAAAGGAAACCCGAGACAACAGCUGUGGGGUCCCACCCCCGCAGACGUUUAUCGUUGCUUCUGGGUGCAGCAGCUCUUUGCGGCACGAGAACAGCAGCAGCAGCAGCAACAGCAGCAGCAGCAGAAGCAGCAGAAGCAACAGCAGCAGCAGCAGCGUGAGGAUUGAGUGCCUGGAUUCUUUACGUGGCAUAUGGAGAGUGGAUACGAAUUGUGACUGCGUUCUGAAGCUCUCACUGUGGUAUGGAACCACCGCAGCGCUUCAUCUCAAGUACCAAGGCAUUCAGCGGGGUACGUAG